GCGUUGCAGAAUACAACUCUACGAUCUACGGAGCAGUGCUCCCGAUGUAUGAUGAUCCGGGCGGCACACGUCGGCGUCACUCCCGGCCCUCUUCUUCCAUUUCAAGACCCGGCCCCCCGUAGCUUCCAUUCCACCAGCUGGUUGACCAGCUCCAAGCCUCCAACUCCAAGGAGGAGGAGGAGAGAAGCCGGAACAAGCAAGCCGUCGACACACGGAUCAAAACGAAACGAGAGCUUCUAAUAAACACGACGAGGCAGCAGUCGGAGCAGGCCACGGAGUUGGGAGAGAGAAGAUGGACGUGAAGCGGUCGCGGAGCCCUCGGGCUCCGGCCGAGGACGACAGGAAGCGUGCCGGCGGCUGGCGCGGCUCCGGCGGCGUCCGCCCGGAGAUGGUGCUCGUCGGCUUCCUCCUCACGCUGCCCCUCCUCUUCCUCGUCUUCGGCGGCCGCUGGGGCAGCAGCUCCUUCCCUUCGUCGUCCUCCUCCUCCUCUCCGCCCGUCGUUUCCAAGCCCGCCGUCGGCCGCAACGUGGACGCCGGCGACCGCGGCGCGACGCCUCAGGGCCAAAAACCUGUCGCUCUGAAAAACGUCUCUGCAUCGACGGCAACAUCUGUGUCCCAGGAUAAGCUUCUGGGCGGACUACUGCCCUCGGCAUUCGACGAAUCCUCGUGCCAGAGCCGCUACAAGUCGAACCUGUACCGGAAGCCAUCCCCUUUCCCGCUCUCCCCCUACCUGGCGCAGAAGCUGAGGAAGUACGAGGCGUACCACAAGAAGUGCGGCCCGGGGACGAAGCGCUACCGGCGGGCCGUGAAGCAGCUCAAGGCCGGGCGCAACGCCGACAACUCGGAGUGCAAGUACGUGGUGUGGUUCCCUUGCAACGGCCUGGGCAACCGCAUGCUCACCAUCGCGUCCACCUUCCUCUACGCGCUGCUCACCGACCGGGUGCUCCUCAUGCACGUCUCGGCGGAGCAGGAGGGCCUCUUCUGCGAGCCGUUCCCGGGCAGCUCGUGGGUGCUCCCGGGGAACUUCCCGCAGAACAACCCGCAGAAGCUCCACAUCGGCGCGCCGGAGAGCUACGCCAACAUGCUCAAGAGCAACGUCGUCCGCAACGACGUCGACCCCGCCAGCGUGCCGGCGUCGUCGCUGCCGGCGUACGUGUACCUCCACGUGGAACAGUUCCAGCUGAAGCUGUCUGACAACGUCUUCUGCGACGAGGACCAGGCGAUGCUCGGCAAGUUCAACUGGAUGAUCCUCAAGUCCGACAGCUACUUCGCGCCGGCGCUGUUCCUGACGCCGAUGUUCGAGGCGGAGCUCGCCAGGAUGUUCCCGCAGAAGGAGGCCGUGUUCCACCACCUGGGACGGUACCUCUUCCACCCGACGAACCGAGUGUGGGGCAUCAUCAGGAGAUACUACGAGGCGUACCUUGCCAGAGUGGACGAGAAGAUCGGGUUCCAGAUCCGGAUCUUCCCUGAGAAGCCGAUCAAGUUCGAGAACAUGUACGACCAGCUGAUGCGGUGCGUCAGGGAGCAGCGGCUGCUGCCGGAGCUCGGCACCGCCGAGACGACGACGGCGACGACGAACAACGCGACAGCCGACGCCGCCGCCGGGAAUGGCAAGGUGAAGGCGGUGCUGAUCGCGUCGCUCUACUCGGGGUACUACGAGAAGAUCCGCGGCAUGUACUACGAGAGCCCCACCAAGAGCGGGGAGAUCGUGGCGGUGUUCCAGCCGAGCCACGAGGAGCAGCAGCAGUACACGUCGAACGAGCACAACCAGAAGGCGCUGGCGGAGAUCUACCUGCUCAGCUACUGCGACAAGAUCACGAUGAGCGCCUGGUCCACCUUCGGCUACGUCGCGUACAGCUUCGCCGGCGUGAAGCCGUGGAUCCUGCUCCGGCCGGACUGGAACAGGGAGACCUCCGACGUGGCGUGCGUCCGGUCCACGUCCAUGGAGCCGUGCCUGCACUCGCCGCCGAUCCUCGGGUGCAGAGCCAAGAGGGACGUCGACGUAGCCGCUGUCAAGCCGUACGUCCGGCACUGCGAGGACGUCGGCUUCGGCCUCAAGUUGUUCGAUAGCUAACUCUCUGAGUGGACGCUCGACGAUCCAGUUCCUCUGUUCUAAUGAGUAAUGAACUGCGUACCUGGCCUGUGGAGCAAUUUUAGGCAUUUCGAGAUUCGUUGUAUUCGUUUAUGCGGUAAAGUAUGUACCUACCUGUAGUUACAGAAAUGGCUUUCAGUACUGUGCAUGUAUUCACAUUCGUUCUUCGAAAACAAAUCGCGUAUGUACACUACAUAGACGGCUAGAGAUGCUUCCUCCAACCUGAAUUUCAUUGUCAUA